CUUCAAUCUGCUUAGCGCCUAGAUUAAGUCGUUCGAAUAUUUACUCGUAGGUGUUUGUGACAGUAACUGUUGUCUAUCAAUGAAGUUAAACAUAAUUUUACUAAGAGUGAAACGGUAAAAAUAAUUAUUUUUGAGAAAGCAUGUCAACUGCAAGUUCACAUCCGUAUAGUAAUCUCAGUUUAACAACUGAUCCCCUUGGUACAUUUAUGAAACCUGAUAUUAUUUCAAUGUCAAAAAGUAGUCAAGUUAUAAAUGGUGGCGGUGGAGGCGGUGAUCUGACAUCAUCAUCUUCUACUACUUCAUUAAAUCGUACAAAUCCCUCCACAGAUUCAUUAAAUGUUAGCAGUCAUACGUUGGAUAAAGUAAAAGUUGCAAAAGUUACAUUGGAAUAUUACUAUGAUAACUUAAUUGUUCAAUAUCGCGAACGUCAAAAUAGGUACAAAAUUUUGGAGUCAAUGAUGGAAAGCGAAGGUUUAACAGAGGAACAAAAACAAAUUAAACGUACACAGCAUGCUCUCAAAGAAAGUGAAUUUCUCCGACUUAAACGAGCACGACUCACAGUCGAUGAUUUUCUACCUCUUAAAAUAAUUGGUAAAGGAGCGUUCGGUGAAGUAAGAUUAGUUCAAAAACAAGACAAUGGUUACAUUUAUGCUAUGAAAAUUUUGCAUAAAGCAGAUAUGCUACAAAAAGAUCAAGUAGCUCAUGUAAGGGCUGAACGUGAUAUUCUAGUCAAAGCUGAUAAUCCUUGGGUUGUGAAAAUGUUUUAUUCAUUUCAAGAUUCAGUUAAUCUGUAUUUAGUUAUGGAAUUCCUUCCAGGUGGUGAUAUGAUGACGUUGUUGAUGAAACAAGAUACAUUGACAGAAUCUCAAACUCAAUUUUAUAUAGCGGAAACUGUAUUAGCAAUUGAUUCAAUACAUAAAAUGGGUUUUAUUCAUCGUGAUAUUAAACCGGAUAAUUUAUUACUUGAUGCAAAGGGUCAUAUUAAACUAAGUGAUUUUGGCUUAUGUACAGGUUUGAAAAAAGCGCAUCGAACUGAUUUCUACAAAGAUUUAUCUCAAGCUAAACCAAGUGACUUUUCCUCUGGUCGUACUGACUCCAGGCGAAGAGCUGAAGGUUGGAAUAAAAAAAGACGAAGAUUAGCUUAUUCUACUGUUGGAACACCGGAUUAUAUUGCACCUGAAGUAUUUCAACAUCAUGGUUAUACAAAUUCUUGUGAUUGGUGGUCACUUGGUGUUAUCAUGUAUGAAAUGCUUAUUGGUUACCCACCUUUUUGUUCAGCUACACCACAAGAAACUUAUAAAAAAAUUAUGAAUUGGAAAGAAGCAUUAUUUUUUCCACCUGAAAUGCCUAUUAGUAAUCAUUCAAGACAUUUAAUACAAUCUUUAUGUUGUGGAGCUGAAAAACGUCUAUCAAGCAUUGAAGAUAUACGAAAACAACAAUUUUUCAACGGGGUCGACUGGGAGCAUAUACGAGAACGACCUGCAGCAAUCCCAGUGAAUAUACGUUCAAUUGAUGAUACUAGUAAUUUUGAUGAAUUUCCCAAUGCUGAUUUAAGUUGGCCCAAUGUUACAGAUCCUAUGAAAAGUUAUCAGAAAAAUUUAGCUUUUAUCAAUUAUACUUAUAAAGCAUUUGAUGGAUGGACAAAUAAUGAUCGAAUAUUAGAUCGUCAAUUAUACAAACAACAACAAUUUCAACGUCAUCAAGCUGCCUUAUCAUCUAGAAGUAUGCUGUCAGAUUUAACUGGAUUAAAGAAUAAAUCAUCAGCAUGAUGAAUUAGCUUGAUACCAUAUACUAUUCUCCUUUCUUACACGCACACACACACUGACACACUCCCACGUACACAUACAAAUGCACAUACAUACAUAUAUACAUACACUAGUGUGUAUACUCUUUACAUCUUUGUACAUCUAUCUCAUACUUCUGUUCUGUUCUGUGUUCUCUUUUUCUCCGUUUUCUGGAUUAUUUUUGUUAUGAAAAUCUUUUCGCAUAAUUAAAAAAACACUUAAAUGUAGCUUUGAAAUGUUUGUUUACUUCAUAUUACACACCACCAUCAGCACCACCACUAUUACCAUUAUAAAAAAUACCUUUAGUCUUUCUAUGAACUUUCAUUGUCAUCAUCAUCAUCAUUAUUAUUAUUAUCAUUACUCUUCUGUCGUAUUGUCUAAAUCAUUUAUUUUGUUGUCCAAUCUUUAUUUCUGUGUAUAAUUGUUUCGUUUGUUUCUAUUUGCCCUAAUCUCUUUUAAUUCACACGAUUGUUGUUUUCCAACGUGUAAAAAUGUGAUCGAACUGUUGUUGGAAUGAGAAGUGUGUUUCCGUUUUUCGCCUGUAUUCUUUUAUUGUCUUUCGAAGUAUUGAUUUUUGUUGAUUUGUAAUUAAUUCAAGCUUUCUAAUCACAUUCACAUUCCUAUGCUUCUUUGAAAUUGCAUUCCUUGAACAGUUGAAGAAAAAAAAACAACACAUAACGUUCCAUUUGUUCAAGCUAUUAUUGUUCUUGUUGUUUAUUCUGCCAUAGAAAAAUGUGCCUUAUUGCAUCUUUUGAAUAGGUUUGUUACUUGUCUUCUUUUGGGUCACUACUUUCUUCAUAUUCAUCAUUCAAUAAUGCUUGUGUAGAUUUUGUCUGGUUUUUUAAUCUUUAUUCUAUUCUAUUCUAUUCUGCUCAAAUCUUAUCAUCUUUUUCUUGACUGUUUGUAUGUGGAUUUUGUAUUCAUGUACUGUAAUUUUAAUUCGGACUGAGUUAUUUCAUGAAUUAGUUGAUUAUUCUCUAUUUGUAUGUGUGAAUUUGUGUUCAGUGAAUCCAUUGUUUGUAAUUAUACUUUUUUUAGUUUACUAUUUCAACAAAGAGAUUAUCAUUAUUAUUAUUAUUGUUAUUACUCUUCAAUUUAACCAAAAACGUAUAUUUUUGUCUAUUGCUACUGUUACACAAACUAAAUGAUCUUUACAGUUUUUCGUAGUUACAUUGGUUUUCUCUUUUUUUUUUUAGAGUUGAUGAUCACAUCCGUCAUUUGGACAAAACGACUUACCUUUCUCUCUCUCUCUCUCUCUAUUUCUCUGCAUGUUCAUUUCAAUUUCUGCUUUUCCUUGUUUGUUCUAUAUUCAGUGCUUUUCGUAGACAGACCACUAGUCACCACCACCACCACCUCAAAAUUCAAAAUCAUUGGUGUAUGUACAUGUGUAAAAUUUCAAUUUCUACUACAUAUAUUGUUGAUAAAACUCCAUGAAUAAUACUGAGAAGCAGAAAUCUUAAUUUUAUUCAUAUACAGAGUAGAAUUUGAAAUUUGUGUACAUCAAUGAUUGUUGUUAUUUGUUACAAUAGAAGCUAACAGCUGGUGUUAUUUGUUUUAAUGAUAAUGAUGAUGAUGAUGAUGUUGAUAAAAAUCUAUUCACAAAGAACAAAUAAUAAAAGCUAUUUUUGUCUACUUUCCGGCUGAUUGAAUUUCUUGAAACAAUGAUGAAUAUCUUUUCUCAGUUGACAUUUCAACUAUUCAUCCUCUACGCUGAUGAUGAUGAUGAUGAUGAUGAUGAUGACAAUGUGGUCACUUUUGUUGUCUUUGACGGAAUGUUAGCAUAAAUUGGUACUGUUGUCUUGGAAAGAGUUUUUUUUUCUUCUUUCUAUAUAUUUUAUGUUUAUACUCAUUGAGAUAGUGUUGUUUAGUUCUUCUAAUCUAUCUUUUCUAUCUUCUUUUUGGAAUCUGUGUUAUUAUUAUUAUUAUUCCGAUGUACUAGAAACACAUUACUGUUCAUUAUCAUUUCUAGUGUUCUGUAUACAACAGAUAAUGAAUAAAAAAUAAAGAUGAAGAAUUGUAUUGUAUUGUUGUUAAUGAUAAUGAUGAUGG